AUGUGGAGGUUUAUAAGGCCCAGCGCCAAACAGGCGGUGCCUGCUGCUAGAAAGCCGCUCUUGCAGGCGUCGGUUUUCCCCAGGUCCAUCUUGUUUCUUGCCGGUGCCGGCGCAGCUACAGCAGCUGGAAUAUACGUGUUGGAUGCCCGAGCCGGCAUCCACGAGUACGUCUUUUGCCCCCUCAUCCGCAUGUUCACAGACGCCGAGACAGGCCACAAAGUCGGCGUCCUGCUCAUGAAGUACGGGCUUGUUCCCAGGUUGCCGGCCGAGGACCGCAAGACGGAGGACGGGCUUCUGGCCGUUCUUGGCGUGGAUGUUUUCGGCACCCGUUUGCGCACGCCCAUCGGGCUUGCCGCUGGCUUGGACAAGGACGGCGAGGCCAUCGACUCCUUGUUUGACACGGGGUUCUCGUACGUGGAAAUCGGCUCCAUCACGCCUGAGCCACAGCCAGGAAACCCGCAGCCCCGGUUCUUCCGCUUGCCCCGUGACGACGCCGUGAUCAACCGCUACGGCUUCAACUCCACCGGCCACUUCAACGUGGUGGCCACUUUGGCGCGCCGCUUCCUCUCCAACGUGGCCGAGGACAGCCAGACCAAUGCUUUCCGGGACGGCAAGCUCUUGGGGAUCAAUCUCGGCAAAAACAAGGCCGGCGACGAGGUCGAGGACUACGUCAAGGGCGUGUCGCGGCUCGGGCCCUAUGCAGACGUGUUGAUUGUGAACGUGUCGUCGCCCAACACGCCCGGCUUGAGAGACUUGCAGAGCGAGCUGAAGCUCACCAGUUUGUUGACCCGCGUGGUGGGCGAGCGCGAGCGCGUGGGGCAGAACAAGCUCGGGCGCAAGCCGCCGGUGUUGGUGAAGGUGGCGCCGGACUUGACGGAGCCGGAGAUCGAGUCCAUCGCCAACUCGGCCAAGACGGCCAAGGUCGACGGAAUCAUCAUCUCCAACACCACGGUCCAAAGGCCCCUGGACUUGUACACGACAGACCAGCAGCUCAUCUCGCAGGCCGGCGGCUUGUCCGGGAAGCCGGUCAAGCCCUUGUCGCUCCAGGCAUUGCGCACCUUGCGGAAGUACACCAAGGACUCGGACUUGGUGUUGAUUGGAUGCGGAGGCAUUUCCUCGGGCAAAGACGCGUUGGAGUUUGGCAAGGCUGGAGCCACUUUUGUUGAGUUGUACACUGCGUUUGCCUACAAAGGCCCCGGGUUGCCUGCCAAGAUCAGAGACGAGUUGGCCCAGUUGUUGGUGCAGGAAGGCAAGACCUGGCAGCAGAUCAUCGGCGAGGACGACAAGUGA